CUGGGAGGGGGAAAAAUUCACAGUAUACUCACUACAAAAAAAACUAGACUACACCACUGAGAAUAGGGACUAGUGGCCUUCGGGAGAAAGAGCAAGCAGAGGAAGCAAGAAAAUGGCCACCGUUGUUAACCUGGAACAAGAUGCACUUCAUGACAAGUCUAGCCGUUAUGAACUUCUGGCCUGGCUUAACAAAACACUUCAAACAAAGUUUACUAAAAUGGAAGAAAUAUGCUCAGGGGCAUGUUUUUGCCAGCUGAUGGAUUGGCUAUUUCCAGGGUCGAUUGACAUAAACAAAGUCAGGUUUCAGUGUCAGGACCAGGCAGACUUUCGCCACAACUAUAGUCUUUUGCAGACAGGAUUCAAAAUAAUGGGUGUCACAAAAUCUAUACAAGUGGAAGAGAUCAUAACAGGGAAAUUUAGGCCUAAUUUUACUUUUCUAAAGUGGUUUCGGAAGUUUUUCCAAGCUAACUUGACUGGACAGGUAUAUGACCCCCUGAAGGCACGUAAUGGACAAGAGUUUGCAUCUGCACAACCCAAUCUUCAGUCUCCCCAUAGGUCAAAAUUAUCAACAAACCUCAAUACCUCUGGAAAAGUGAAGGAGGAUUCUGACUCAGAUGUGGAUGUCACUGAAAAGAAGCCAAUUAUUUAUGACCCCAACUGGCAAGAAACCUUCAGAUGGAUCAAACCCAGCACUCUGGGUGAUAUCUAUGCAUACUGUACAAUCUGUGACUUAAAUAUUACUGUUUUAAACUCAGGACUGCUUGAUUUAAAACACCACCAGCAGUGUAAAAAUCACAAAAAGCAAGAGCUAAAAACAUUCAGAAAUGAAAACCAGGUGAAAAAUUUCACAUGUAGUGAACUCAUGAUGCGCUUUAUUCAAAAGCACUGUAUGCCUUCUCAUACUAAGAUUUCCCAGCAUACUGCCAGGCAUGUUCUUGGAUUACAGUAUCCAAAAGACAUUUCUUCUGCUGCUAAGAAGGUCCCUUACUGUGUCUACCUUUAUGGAAAGGUGGUACUAGAUAAAGAGAGUGACGAAGAGAACUACAGCUGUGUAGUUCUUCUGGGGUUCUUUGAUGAAAAAUCUGCAAAACAUUGCAUUAGGAUUCUUGAUAUUUUUCAGUGUGUAGACUCUGAGGAUGCUAUUGCCGAGUCUUUGCAGGAUAUUAUGGAAAAAUUUGAGUUACCUCUGAACAACAUGGCAGCUUUCUAUGUUGAUGACCAAGAUGAGCUCUCUGGGAAGGUUUCCCUGAAACUGAAGAAACUUUAUCCAACAGCAGUUGCUCUUGGUGGUCUUUAUCGCUUGUCAGAUACAGCCUGCAAUGUGGGAGUAAAGGCUUUUUCUGAGGUUCAACAGCUUAUUGUAAACAUUUAUGAACAUUGUUCUACUCAUUGCACUAAAAAUGAAAAUAUCAAGGGAUUAUUUGCUGGUGUUUGGUGCCUUGAUGGCUCUGUCCAUACUCUCUCCCAGAACAGCAAAAAUCUUUGUAUCCUAAUAAACAAGUUGCUUGAAAUAUGGAAAGACUUGAUCUCAUACUUCACUUCCUGCAGUGAGAAUGAUGUCCAAGCCAAACAAAUUUGCUCUCAGUUGGAGGAUCCCAAACUCAAGAUCACCUUUAUGUUCCUAGACCAUGCUUUUGGACCACUUAAAGUGUUUAAUGAACGUCUGGAAAGGCGUGAAGGUUUUGCUCGUGCAGACCUUGUUCAGAUCCUGCGGGAAGCAAGUGGCCUACUUCGCUCCUAUGCAUCAACGUUUCUCCAACCUCAGGCUGUGGUACGUUUUCUGAAGGAACGAGACCCAGCCAUUCUUGAGAACCCAAAGCUUCACCUUCCUAGCAAUGAACUGAGUUUUGCUGCAGACACAUUAGAGAAAUUUAUGUCUGAAUUGGAACCAGAGCUGACUGAAUUUCUAGAUACAUUUCAGGAUGCCUGUUUGGCUUUUUAUAAAGCAAUUACAGCUUGCAUUGCUCAGGGGUUGCCUUUGAGUGAUGGUAUCCUGAGGAGUAUUUCUCAACUUCUGUGCCCAGAGGGACGGUUAAAGAUCACAAGCAAAAGUGUCAUAGAGCUUGGUGAACAGUUUGGCCUCUUAGCCAACCCAGAAUUAUCUGCCCAGCUCAGAGAUGAGUUUUUAGAGUACCAGCUCAGAGAGGAAGAAAAUAGUGAAGACAGUGGUAAUAAUGGACAUGCAGAAGGCCAAUCAGAUUGCUUUACUAACUCUUCAUUGGAGCAUCAUUGGAGCUCUGUCCUCAAGACCACUGCAAAAACAUCUGUCUUCAGGAAACUUGUCCUUAGUCUGUUAGCUUUGCCCUGUCCACCACUUGAAGCUGGGAAAGUCUUUGCUCAGGCAGUGGAGAAUGGGGACAUAAGCAAAUUAGAUGUCCAGGUGGCGGACAGUGACUCUGAUAGUCUCCAUUCAUCCUCAGAGGUCUCCAGCACGAAGAAAUCAACUGUCAGAACUGAGAGGAAAAAGAGGACAUCAAAGAUGAGUGACCAUUCAGUCUCAGUGAAGCCAUGCACGGUGCGACUGCAGAAGAUAACCAAUAAGACAGUGUUGAAAAUAAACAACGACGAUGAUCAAGUCUUUACUGAAGAUGAUGUAGUCUGGACCAAGGGGACCAAAAACAAUGGAGGACAAGCUGUAUCAAGCAUCCCAAAACCAAGUCCCAAGCCUGGAAAGAGAUUUCAAAUGUACAAGGAUGGAAGGGGUUUUAGUGUUGGACAGCUGGUAUGGGGGAAGGUGAAGGGUUUCUCAUGGUGGCCUGGUCUUGUGGUGGCCUGGAAGACAAAGACAUCUCCCAAAUUUAUGAGACGGGUGGAAUGGUUUGGAGAUGGCAUGUAUUCCGAGAUUUACACAGAGAGGCUUUUGCCUUUUAGAGAAUUUGCAAAGUGCUUCUGCAGCAAAUCUUUUGCUAGUCUGCCCACUUACAAAGAUGCCAUUUACCAAGUUCUCGAGUUGGCAGGUGAGCGUUGUUCAAAGACCUUUGCAUCCUCAGGGAACAAAGAGGGAGAGAUAAAGGCUAUGCUGGACUGGGCUUUUGGGGGAUUUUUACCCACAGGCCCUGAGGGAUUUUCACCUCAAGACAAUUAUGAUUCAUCUGUCAACCAAAAGGCUGAGUUGUCAGACUCCUCUAUAUAUGAUUAUCAACCUCCAGCUAAAAGAAAAUAUGUUUACAAAGCCAGACCUUCCACAACUCAGGAGUACACAAGAGAGCAAAUGGUUCGUGAAGUUUCAGAAAAAGGGAAAAAAAUUGAAGAUUUCUGCCUCUCAUGUGGUUCUGCAAACGUGGAGAUAUUCCAUCCACUCUUUGAGGGGAGCCUUUGUUUAAAAUGCAAGGAGAAUUUUACAGAGACUUUAUUUAGGUAUGAUGAAGAUGGAUAUCAGUCUUACUGCACUAUCUGCUGUGCUGGACUGGAGGUCAUUCUGUGUGGCAAUGCCAGCUGCUGCAGGUGUUAUUGUAAAGACUGUCUUAAUGUUCUGGUUGGACCAGAGACAUUUGAUAAGUUGACAGAUGUAGAUCCAUGGAGCUGCUAUAUUUGUCUACCCCCUAACAAAUAUGGUGUGCUGAAGCUCAGACAAGACUGGAGUGUGCGUGUUCAGGAGUUCUUCGCCAAUAACAGUGCUUUUGAAUUUGAACCACACAGAGUUUACCCCUCAAUUCCCGCUCACCAGCGCCGGCCUAUAAAGGUUUUAUCCCUCUUUGAUGGAAUUGCCACAGGCUACCUUGUUCUAAAAGAUCUAGGGUUUAAGGUGGAGCGUUACAUUGCUUCUGAGAUCUGUGAGGACUCCAUUGCUGUAGGUAUGGUCAAGCAUGAAGGAAAGAUUGAAUAUGUCAAUGACGUGCGAACCAUCACUAGGAAACAUCUGGCAGAAUGGGGACCGUUUGACCUUCUGAUUGGUGGCAGUCCCUGUAAUGAUCUGUCCAUGGUGAACCCAGCCAGAAAAGGACUUUUUGAGGGCACAGGCAGACUGUUCUUUGAGUACUACCGUAUGCUAACUAUGAUGAGGCCCAAAGAAGUUGAUGACCGCCCGUUCUUCUGGCUCUUUGAGAAUGUGGUGGCCAUGAGCGCACAUGAUAAAGCUGACAUUUGUCGAUUCUUGGAGUGUAAUCCGAUCCUGAUUGAUGCUGUGAAAGUGAGUCCUGCCCACAGAGCUCGCUACUUCUGGGGUAAUCUACCUGGAAUGAACAGACCACUGUCUAUAUCACUUAGCGACAGAGUAGAGCUUCAGGACUGCCUGGAAGUCGGUCGGGUUGCUCAGUUUAAUAAAGUCCGUACCAUCACAACAAAAUCUAAUUCGAUUAAGCAAGGGAAAAUGGGGCCUCUUCCUGUUACCAUGAAUGGAAAGGAGGAUUACCUUUGGUGUACAGAGAUGGAAAGUGUAUUUGGCUUCCCUAAGCAUUACACUGAUGUCAAUAACAUGGGUCGAGGCCAGAGGCAGAAAGUUCUGGGACGUUCUUGGAGUGUUCCUGUGAUUCGUCACUUAUUUGCACCACUGAAGGAUUACUUUGCAUGCGAAUCUUAGGUAUCCUCUCCUUUAACAACUUUGAGAUUCAAAAGAAUAGAAAAAGUUGGAUUGUGUAAUUUUCUACCUGCAACCCUAAAGUCAAUGUUUCUUAACAGUUUUUUUAAUUAAUGAUUUUUUGGUGCUUUUAAUGAGUUUUAUGGUGCUUUGCAAACUUUGACCUCACUGAAAAUCUGUUUUAUGGCACACCUUUUCUGUUUUAAAGUGAUCACUGAUCACCUUUUCAGCUUGGUCAGAAUGCACAGACACUUUUGGUUCUAUUUUCUACAUCUUAUGUACUGUUGAUCGAGUUUUGUUGUUAAUGACAUUGUUGUGCUAGAGAGAGCCACUGAAACACCACCCCCACUACCUCAGUUAUAAAAUGUGACUGGUGCAUUGUCUGGAGAAAUGCUGUUUGCCUAUUUAUAUGUAAUGAAUGACAGUGAGUUGGGCUUAUUGGCACUCAUAAUAUUACAUAAACUUAUCUGGUCAGGAGUUUACUUAUCUUUUCAUUUUUCUUAAUCUAAUUAUCAAAACUGUCAGUUUAACUUAUGUCAUCAUGCAUUUUUCUUAUACCAUUUCUGUCACAGUUUAGAUAUUCAUUUUACACUACAAUCACUGGUUCCCUUGACAGCAUUUUAAUGAACUUAUAUAAUAUUUUUAAUUAAUUACUUACAUAAAAUCAUAUAAUUUUUAUAGUACAAAUCCCAAAGCAGAUUUGAAUAUGAAUUUUGAACAAAAAUCUAACCAUAAAUUGAAUAAGCCUCAGCCUUUUUAAUUUGUCAGCUUUACUUUUUGAUCUUCAUGCAAGUAUACCAGUUUUCUUGAAAUUUAAGUAAUAUAAUCACGAUGAAAAGACAACUUCCAAAAAUAAAUUAAGUGCCUACAACAAGACAGUUAAUAUUUUAUACAUGACUACAGUGAUUCCUGAGUACAUUUUAAUAUGACUACCAUUAUCGUUGUAUUUUGAAUCAAGUCACAUUAACAGUUUGUGCUUUGUCCGUAUUAAGAAAUGGCAAAAAAACAAUUUUUGAAGACACAACUGUCCCAUCAUCAGUGAGGUGCUAUAAAUGUAGGUGGUCAUAUUUACCCAGGAAGAUCGAGGUGCUAACAACGCAGCAUUUGCUUGGUGCGUGGUGCUUAGUCUGUGGAAGCUGUAGAUUUAGUAUUUAUUCUGUAUACAAAAUUAUAAUAAUCAGUUACUCUUUACUGACAUUUCAUUUAAUUCAGUUAGAGCAAUGCAUCAUAACAAUUAAACAACUUGCUGGGUUCACCUUUGAAACAAAAUUUAAAAUGAUGAUAAAAUGCAUAUGCAUUGAUGCAAGAUGCACAAGGUUUGACUAGCUUAGUGUUUUAGCAUAUUCACUUGUUAAUUCUUUAAUGUAACAUGUGAAAUGUGUAACUUUUUAUAGCAUAGUAAAUGUUUUAGCAUUUUAGAAUUACAAAAAACUAUUUAAACCAGUAGGUCCUAUGUCCAUGGAGAACACUUUAGAACAGACUAUUGUUUUUAUUGACAAAUCAAUUGUUGCUCAUGAUUUUUGAUUAGUUGCCUUUUUAUUUUCUUUCGAUUUAUUUUAGUGCUGAACUUUUCUCAUGAACUGUGUGAGUGUUUAUGUUACCAACAACAGUAGGUGGUCUUUGCUGUACAAGUUAGGUAUGGCCUCCGAAGUGUCAAGCGGAAAAGACGUACACGUAUGUAACUUGGUGCUCCACUAAGCUUGAACGAUGUGAUGUAACUGCCAACUAAUAAAUUGUUUCAACAUUCUGUUUAAAUCA